CGCCCCUUCUUCCAGUCAGCCACUCCGAGACUCUCGCCCUCUGAGGCUUUGAGAGCCAUUUUUGUUUCAUGGCAGGGAGCUCAGCAGCUCUCAUUUCAAUGCUCUCAUAAGGGACUCGGUUAAAGACACCUGAAGUCCUUAUGCAUACCAGCUGUGAAGGUGCACCAUGAAUUGUGAAGAGCAGGGCAUGGGGAGAGUAGUCCAUUCCUGGGCCAGAUUUGCCCCAGCUGGACAAACUGCCCUCGAAGAGGCCCUUAGGGUCUUUAACCCCAUGGCCAAGGACCUGUCAGACACCGAGAGACAAAUGGUGUCCUUUCUUCAAGAGCUGAGGAAGGAGGGAGCCAAGCCUGUGAUUUUGAGGAGCAAAGAUGUGUAUGGAUACACGUCUUGCACCACAGAGCCAAUUACUUCCAGGAUUGGCAGCAAGGUUCAGAGAGUGCCGAAACCUUCCAAGAAGAAAGGGCGGAAAGUUUUGAGCAAGACCAAGGAUGUGAAUUAUGCGAUGCUCAGUAGAGCAGCAAAGACUAUUCUCCAAAACCAACCCAAGAUCCUGCUUACCAAUCUCUCGGUGGACAGUCUUAAGCAGAAUGUUGCAUCGACAAUGCUAAAUAAACAUUCUGUUCAAGCACAGCAGUGCCUCAAGCUAACAAACAUAAAGGGGUUGACCGGAGGCCACACUGCGAGGUUGCAAAUUCACUUUGGUGCAGAUUCAAAAAGUGCCCCCAGUUUUGCUCUGGGACGGCCACCGGAUCUCUCCGGAAUUCCUCACUCACCAACGGAAAAUGGCAGUCAGACCUCAAAUGUAGUUGCCUUGGAUAACAAACAUGUUUUGUCAUGUCCAUUUAAAGUAGAAGAUGCCCUGAUUGGAGACUCUGCCCCAGUCGUCUGUCAGAAUGGGUUCGGUCUUAAAGAUGGUAGCAUUUAUAAAAAGAUGGAAACUGUAUCAGGUAAACCUGAUGUGAUGACCAGUGGUUCAGUGAGGAGACUCCGUUUCCAAAGCUAUAACUGGUCCCAGUCAACACUCACCAAUGGCCAAGAUGUUUCUAGAUUGAAUGGCAAUGGUCUUGAAUGGAAGGUUAUAAAAGUAGAUGAUUCAGUCACGGAUGAGGAGGUGAGGAGAAAGGCACAGAAAAUCUUGCAAGUUAACUUGUCGCCUGUGAUACAGAUCCAUCCCCUUGUUGACUCUGUAUAGACCCUUGCUGCAGAUUUUUUGUUUCGUUUCCUUUUUUGUUUUGUUUUCUUGUUUCACAGAGUUGCAUUUUCUGGAAACAAACCCAAGGUUAUCUCUGGAUUGGGAGCAUUGCAGUUACCUCCAAAUUUUCCAUUGUUGUCAAGUAGUUACUGACAUCAUAAUCCAAAGAUGGGAUACUUUUUUCUGCUCUCACAGUAUUUUGUUUCCUCAACACAUCCCAACCUACCUUUUAUUUUGUGUAUUUUUAUCUAACUUCUGAAGGAUUGGACUGAUGAACAAAACCUUAUUUAUGACUAUGCAGUUCCCAGAAUGCUCCUUUUGUUGGAAAAAUGGGCAUGGACUGUUGUCUUACUGGAUCAUGGGAACAGACUGAAUUUGUAGAGUGAUUUAUUACAUGCUACUGCUUGAAAAGACAAUGAUAGCCUAACCUAAGUUGGUAUUUAUGGCUUUCUUCAUCCUUGGAUCCUGCUGAUGUCUAUGUCACCAAGGUUUUUUGACAUCACCAGUUUUGUAAUAUGUUAGUCUGCUGGCAUAGACUGCAUAUGACACUUUUGUUUAGACUCUAACAUGUUCAAAUUGGGGGCACUUUUUACACAUUAAUUUAAUUUCAGGGCAAAAUAAAUGGCCUUAUUCUUUGAGAAGAGUAGAAUAUAACUGAAUCUUUGUACGCUUUCCUUCUCAAUGUACUUGUUUCUUUCUGCACUCCACUUCUCAUAAAUUCCUCUGUUUCUUUUAA